AUGCUUAUUUUUAAGGGGCAAGGGGAAGGGAUUCGUAAGUUGGCCUCAUCAGAAGCCGAAGGAGGAUUGCCUUGGAGCUGUGACUGUAGCUUGUCAUAUAGGCUUAAUGCCAGAGCCGACGAAGUUACCGCCACUUUUAUUCCAUCCGACGACACUUCAUUGGACUCAAACGAUUCGGUAAGCCUUUCUUGGUUUGAAAUGGGCACUAGCAGUUGCCUUUCGCAGCCUCCACCAUUUUCGGAUUCUAAGUUAUCCACCUGUCUGUCAUCAGCAUCCAUUGCUUCACUCGAUCCGGCUGAUGAAGUUUUGAUAGAUGGGUCGACUGUAAAUAUCGCACCAGCAUUGAGAGAUACUCAGGUCAGCCCAGGCUCUCUUCUCUUAGAGGCAAGCGAUACUACUAGCCUGACCAGCAGUGACAUCUCCUUAGGUGAUGUGGAGGAUGAAUUUUUGCUGUCGGAGUCUUCCGCCACCUGUCCCAAUUCUUUUACUGACGCUUUAGAAGUCACUCAAUCGGACAACCUCUGUCAGAUUUCGACCCCUCACUUCAUCUCUUCAUGUCCAUUGGCCCCUGGCGUAUUUACUUUUUCCUCAUCGACUUCGAAAGUGACCAACUCUACAAUGUCAAACGCUUUGGCUGCAGCAUCGGCGUCACUCGAACGGAGGCCAAAUCAUCCUCAGCCC